UAUAAAUGAGGCGAAGUGUAAAGACCCCCUUAAAAAAAGAGUGGCUUGUUUGAUGAAGCUUGUAAUAACGGUCUGAGUCCAUUUACCCUACGUCGUUCAACGUCGUUAUUGUCCAACAUGAACAGAAUUAUUGUCCAGCUUUUGGCCGUGGGAGUCUGCUUCGCCAUAGGCCACGCUCUGCAGUGCUAUGAGUGCAAAAUUGGCUUCUGGAACUUGUGCCUAACCAAGGAGGUGACAUGUGCCCAAGGGGAGCAUUGCUACAGCGGUAAAGGAUCGGCCGCCGGCUUUGUGGACGUCUCCAUGAAGGGCUGCCUGGCUCUGGCCGAGUGCAACUCCACCAAAGAGGUCAACUUCCCCUCCAGCAGCUCCAACGCCACCAUCUACAAGAUGACCAGGACGUGCUGCGACACCAACCUCUGCAACGCCGCGCCCGGUCUGCCUGCCGCUUCGGGCCUGCAUUUGGCCCUCGCCACCGUCGGCGCUCUGUUUCUGGUCAACGUGCUGGCGUGAAAACGUCGUCGUAUCAACAUUAACCACUUUAUACGACCGUUUCUUAAAGCUCCUUGUGCCGUUUUUUUUAAGAUUCAUGCCUAAAAAUUGAGCGGUUGUGAGAUGGUUGUACAAUUUUAGCCGUUUUUUUUGGGGGGGGGGGUUUGAAUAUUCCGUUCUUUUUUUUUUUUUUUUUUUUGCCUGUUCAACUGGUUUUAAUGUCCUAAAAUAUUGGUGUCGCUGCCAAGCUGUGUGAGACUUGUUUUGAUUUGGCCUGCAUACUGUUUAUUUAGAAAUGAACACCAAGAUAAGGCGAAUUGCACAUCACGACAAGCUCUUAUCUCUGGAUUUCUACCCAACAACCUCCUCAACUUCCCACAUCUCCCCCGAAUGGGCACAUCUUGUAAGAUUGUAUGAUAUAAAAAAAAAACAACUAUACAAUAAAAUUUUCAACCCUG